UGGAUCAGUGCCUAACGUUUGAGACAAAACCGUGUUUCUGCGAUUCCAGCUGUGCAGCCCGUAACUCCCUCCACUCCCCUCCUGCUCAGUACGUGGGGAGGCGGCUCAAACCUUCAUAUUCACACCAGCCUUCCUUCCCCAUGACAAAGCGCGCAAUGGUCAAACAUUUCAGGGCGUUAACGAUAGCAGAGAGGGCUCGCCGAUCAUCACAAAAUCUGUAACAGAAAGGGGGAAGAUAAAGCAAAUCAUCAUCAGGAGCCCCUUGGUACAGUUUGCAGUUUCAUUGUAGGUGGGUGGUAUUUGCGUCAUGGCUAUGGUCAUGUGAUUCUCUGGUCAUGUGACUUCUGUUUUUUGUAUGUCUCUGGGCAGGGGAUUAAGCUGAAGGUUCGUGGACCUCCAGCUACUUAUGUAAGUUGCCUUGUUAUUUUGUAUCAUGCUUCAUUCAUUCACGUGUGUUCUACCCAAAGGCAGAUCCUUGGCUCAUCAUUGUCUGCUGAUGCUUCAUCCUGAACUGUUUUCUUGGCAGUUUCUGUCACUGGUGGUUUUUCAUUGCCUCCCCGUUGGGCUGGAUGAGGAGGAAGGUCCCAAGUCUACCUCAUGUCAGAACAGGAUGUGAACCCACAGCACUGGUGUUAUUCUGAUUACCAGAGUGCUCAAUAAAAUGGCAAUACUCUAAAUAGUAGGGGCUUGCCUCUGGCAUUAAUGAGGUACUGACACACCAGUGGAAAGGUAUGCACAGAAAUUCUGCACACCACGGGGAUAAUGGCGAGAACAUUCCACUGUUCAAGUCUCUAAAAGCUGAGCUAGAAGUAGAUAUCCGCCUGCCAUCAGAGCCAAUUCAUUUGACCUCUGUAUUAUGGUUAAAGCAGGGUCAGUGAUGACUUACCCGUUUCCCGGAUGUGUUGUUCAGUCCAAUGGAUCUUUCAACCAAGCUUCCUCUGUUCAACAGUCUCACAGAGAUCAACAGCUCAGACACAACCAUCAACGUUACCACCAUCAUUGGCAACCGAACCAGGAUCUCUUUGCAGGAUCGACCCAGCAAUCAGGCUGACACCAACUCUCUGCUCCAUGGCAUGGCCAUGGCUUCCAAAGCUCUCAUCCUUCUGCUCAUCUUCCUGCUCUCCUGUCUGGGCAAUUCAGCAGUCAUAGUGAUGAUCGUCAAACACCGGCAGCUCAGAACAGUGACCAAUGCCUUCAUCAUGUCUCUAUCUCUGUCUGACCUUCUGACCGCUCUACUCUGUGUUCCCUUCUCCUUCAUCAUGCUGUUCACACAGGAGGGGGUCUGGAUCUUUGGUGACUGGUUCUGCAUUGCCAAUGGCUUCUUCAACUCUUGCUUUGGGAUAAUCUCCACCCUCACCAUGAUGCUCAUCUCCUUUGAUCGUUACUAUGCCAUCGUCAGGCAACCCCAGGAGAAGAUUGGGCGACGCAGGGCCACCCAGCUACUGGUUGCCGUCUGGUUGAUUGCAGUCCUUUUCUCUUUCCCCUGGUAUCUCAUGGCCCAAGCCAAUGGUCCAAUGGUUGUCCACAAGAAGGGGUUCUACCACUGCAUGUACAUCUUCCACUCAGGCAGCUCCCGGAUGGGCACCAGUUACAGCAUCAUCCUGAUUGUUGUCUGCUACCUUCUGCCCUUCUCUCUGAUGUGCUUCUGCCACUACAACAUCUGCAAGACGGUCAGGCUGUCAGAGAUCCGGGUCCGCCCAGUCACCACCUAUGCCCACCUACUGCGCUUCUACAGUGAGAUGAGGACAGCUACAACUGUGUUGAUCAUGAUUGUUUUCAUCAUCUGCUGCUGGGGUCCCUAUUGUAUCAUGGGCAUCAUCACUGCCACAGGCAAUUUCCAUUUCACCCCUAUCAUGGACACUGUAGCCAUUUUGCUAGCAUGGGCCAAUGGAGCUCUCAAUCCACUCAUCUAUGCUACCAGGAACCCUAACAUCUCCAUUCUUUUGGGCAGGAACAGAGAAGAUGGCUACAGGACUAGAAACAUAGCAGCAUACCUGUCCAGUCAGAACCAUGAGGCCAGGAGUAGGGUGGACAGAAUAAGGGAUCAGUACAUCAGUCGACAAGGCUCUGGCAGCAGGAUGUCUUCCUCCAGCCCUGCAAAUGGAGAUGUUGCAAUGUGGGCUUGUAAAAACCCAGCUGUGCUCUUCUGCAGAGAUGGACAACCAGAUACUGUUUCUGAGCCCACUGCACCCAAAUCAGAGACUGCAAAUACAAGCCUUUAGACAAAAUUCAAAAUUAUUCAAUGAGAUAUGUUUAUAAACUGAGGGGCUUUAAAUUUGCUGAAAUUUGUAGCAAACAGUUUCUGAAAGAAAACCAAUGUAUAAUAAGUGCUACACUUGCCUCCACACCUCCUCCCUCACCCCUAUCCCAGGCCCCAAGAUGACUUUCCAUAUUAAGCAGAGGUUCACCUGCACAUCUGCCAAUGUGGUAUACUGUAUCCAUUGUACCCGAUGUGGCCUCCUCUACAUUGGGGAACCCAAGCAGAGGCUUGGGAACCGCUUUCAGAACACCUCCGCUCGGUUCGCAGUAAACAACUGCACCUCCCAGUCGCGAACCAUUUCAACUCCCCCUCCCAUUCUUUAGACAACAUGUCCAUCAUGGGCCUCCUGCAGUGCCACAAUGAUGCCACUCAAAGGUUGCAGGAACAGCAACUCAUAUUCUGCUUGGGAACCCUGCGGCCCAAUGGUAUCAAUGUGGACUUCACCAGCUUCAAAAUCUCCCCUUCCCCCACUGCGUCCCAAAACUAGCCCAGUUCUUCCCCUCCCCCCACUGCAUCCCAAAACCAGCCCAGCCUGUCUCCGCUUCCCUAACCUGUUCUUCCUCUCACCCAUCCCUUCCUCCCACCCCAAGCCGCACCUCCAUUUCCUACCUACUAACCUCAUCCCACCUCCUUGACCUGUCUGUCUUCCCUGGACUGACCUAUCCCCUCCCUACCUCCCCACCUAUACUCUCCUCUCCACCUAUCUUCUUUUCUCUCCAUCUUCGGUCCGCCUCCCCCUCUCUCCCUAAUUAUUCCAGAACCCUCACCCCAUCCCCCUCUCUGAUGAAGGGUCUUGGCCCGAAACGUCAGCUCUUGUGCUCCUGAGAUGCUGUUUGGCCUGCUGUGUUCAUCCAGCUUCACACUUUAUUAUCUUGGAUUUUUCCAGCAUCUGCAGUUCCCAUUAUCUAUGAUUUAGUUAUAUUAAAAUAAAUUGUAAUUUGGAUUUAAGAUGGUAUAAUCCUAUAUUAACAGUUAGGAAGUAAAAAAAAAAUCAGUUCCUAACAAAAUAGUUGGAAGUACUAAUGGGAACUCUUAAACAAUAAGAUGUAAUUUCAGGACACUUAGCAAAUGUUCUGAAAUGCUGAGUUCCACAAGAUUGUAUUUCAGAACAACUUAUAAUGGAAUAUAUGUAAUGCUUGAAAAUUGCAAUUCAAUUCAGAAGGCAACUGCAUUAUUUUCAGUUGUCACAUAACUUAUCUCAUUUUAAUAUUUUAAAGACGUUUGAUUAAGUCUUUAGGAUACUGUAAUUGGAACUGUCCGCUGUUUGACGGUCUGAGGCAUACAGCCUGAAAAAUCCAGCUUUGAUUUUUAUUUUUAUUUUUAUCAUUUAAAAAAAACUUGGAUUUAUCUGGUACCUUAGGACACCCCCCUGCCAAUCAUUUCCCAUUACCAAUGAAAUAAUUUUGAUAGUCAUUGUUGUAUCUUAGGGAAAAGCAGCAACCAAUUUUACAACACAGAGAUCUGACAAACAGUGUGAAAUAUGAACAAACAGCUUAACUUUGGCAGUGCUAACUGAGUGAUGUGUUGCUCAGGACAUCAGGCCAAAUCUGUUUCAAAAUGGUGCUAAGGGAUCUUUCAUAUCCAUCUGAAGAGCUUCAGUUUAGUCUGAUCGAAAAGACCACAAUGCUGACAAGUCUGGCACCGUCAUUUGUCCUGUGAUGUUAGGUUACUGAAUGUUUUCAUUGAACUUUUCUGAGACAAUGGGUUUACCAUGAGCGGCCUCAGCAACGCUUGAAGGAAAGGGAUCAAAUAUAAAUUCAGUGUCAUUACUGUGUAGGAUAGUUGGAGAUAAGCUCAUAGUUGUAAUGAUUUAGGCCCCCUCCUCCUCUAGCCCUUCAUCCCCACACAAUGGUAGCCAGCAUUUAUUAUUGAAAUUCGCAAAUGUUUGCUCGAGUGAGGUUUCAGACGAUGAUCACAAUCUAUGGAACCAUGACACCAACUCCUUUGGAGAAGAGUCUGAUGAGAGCAUAGAAGUAGUGAACAAGUGACGAAAAACACUGAGUCAAUCAAUGCCAUAUAACACAAGGUUGAAAUGUUUCUGCUGUCAGGUUGUACGUAUACUUUCAUUGUUGCUAAUUAUGUGUCAAAAUCAAAUAAGUGCCCAAAGUGCCAAAACAGUGAGAUCAUUUUGUUUUUAACAACGGGUCUAUUUGGCUGUACAUCAAUUGAAAAAUCACGUCAUUUGAACCUUACAUGCUAGCAGUUAACUGGGAACACUAGUACCUAUUCAAUUAACCAAAAAUCUCUUCAUGAGUAACAUCAAAGCUAACAUUACAGAUGUGUUACAUUUUAGAACAAUUCUAAUUAAAACAUAGUGAACACACGAAAGCUUAUUUAUAAAGCCAGCAACUUGGAGUUUGUUGUUUUCACAUUCUAAGGUGUUCUUGUGGCUUGAUGUUAAUUCGUAUUAAGUCGUAAAUAUUGACGCUUUAUAGUAUGAUAUAUUUUCAUUCCUCAUUUUCCGUUUGAAAACAACAGUAAAAAAGGGAGCCAAAAUUUUCUUGUGUGGCAUUUUAAAGUUUGAGAAAUGGUUCCUCAGAAUUUGCUAAUGUUUGUCAAAAAUAUUUUGUAAAACAAAUCAAAAAUAAAUUCUUGCAUUUUAAUGUAGCUUUAUAUUCUAAGCAAAUGAUGCCCAGAUUGCUGUAUGUUAUUGUGUUGCAUAAACCAAGGAACAGAAAUUGUGCGUAUGCCAGUCCUUUUUUUUGUUAUCAUUACAGCUUAAAUAUUUUUAAAAUUAAUGUUCAGUAUUAGCAAUCUGCAUCAUCAGGGCAAGGUUGUCAUAUUGAAAA